UAUGUACUAAACUGAUCCCAGAUAAUAACAGCCUUUCCAAUAGAACAACAUCUUCUAAAGUUCACCUAUUUAGAGUCAAUAUGUAUGAUCAAAAUACAAAUUCUUAUCUUAGCUUUAGUCUCCAGGAAUUCCAUAACAAUAUUAGCAAUCUCCUCAAAAUCCAAUAAUCCAAUCCCCAUAAACCUAUUAAACCCAAUAAUAGUUUGUAUUACAAAAUCAUAUAUUCAAAAGGGCUCUUCAUAUUAGAUACCUUAGUCAUAAUAAUUUCUAUAGCAACAAUAAAUAAGACAAACUCAACUACCUGUUUAAUAGAAUCAAAUUUUGCCUGUUACUUCUCAACCAUUCAUUCCUGUUCAAUAAUCAAGUCCUAUUACAAUCAGACCAUCCUAUUAACCAGUUAAUAUCUAAGUCGCCCCUCCUGUUCAAGUUGCUCCUCCAGUUCAAUAAGUUGUUAUCUAAUAACCAGUGGUACCUUAAUUUAAAUAUGAUAUUCUUAGGCUGUUCAAUAAUAAACAUAGGUUCAAGAAUUUAGACAUGUUGAGAGACCAUUAUAAGUUAUCACAGUAGAUGGUAAUAAUUUUAUUGAGUAUAUAUAACAGAAAUCGAAGCACCUUGGAGAUUAAAAUGUGCCACUUUAGAGAGAUAAAUCUUAGAAUUAUAAAUUUAAAUUAGAAAGAAUAAUGGAACUAUUGUUGAAGAAACAGUUUAAGAAGUUUAAGAUGAUACAAGAGUGAAAAAUUUAGAACUUUAAAAAUUAGAAUUAGAAUAAAAAAUACAUGAUGACGAAUAAUUGAUGGAAGAAUUAAGAAUUAGACUUGAAGAAUUGAGAUAAGAAUAUGAAGUAAUAAUAACUGAAAAAGUUACAUAUGCAUCAAAUGAAGUUGAAACUUGGAUGAAAAAAUAUGCAAAUUUAGAAAAGAAUUAUGCUGAAAGCAAUCAAAAAAUUGCAGAUUUAAAGAGAUAAUUAGCAUAAGUUGAAGCUGCUGAUAAAGCUAUGCAAGAUUAAAAGAAAUCUGAAGUUCGUACAGAAGUUCGUAGAAGUUCUAAACUCUAUUGAA